AUGGCCACAAUGCGCUUCUGCGCACCUCUUGCCGCACUGCCCCAUGUAUAUUGCAAGCACUACCGUCAGGUGCUGCUCUGCGCCCUUGUUGCUGUGUCGUUGGUGCUGCUGGCCCUUGUUCCAGCGAACACCGGCACACCUGUGCAGCAGUUCCUUUUCAGCCCGACGCAGGGCGGUGCGUGGGUGCGCUCCCCAACGGCGGCCCCAAGGGUUGUAUUUGUUGUUGCUCAGACAGGCUACUCCCCAGGCUGGUGCAGGAUGAUGCUGAGCGCCAUUCUCUCCCGCGUGUCGGUCGUAUCGAUUGGUUUUGGGGGAAAUUACAGCCACACAGUCCGUAUAUCUUGGCUGCUGAGCUACAUAGAGGAGGCGGGCCUGCGGGACGAGGACGUGGUGGUGAUGUUCGAUGGCGCUGACACUUUUUUUACCGGACCUCUUGCGGCAAAGUGGGCGGUGGAGGGCUUCGUGACAGCGACGGCGCCCAGCGCAGACGCCUUCGACGCCACGGCGGUGCAUCGAGGUGAGGCAAGUGCCCCCAUGCUCUUCUCGGCGGAGCCGCCCUGUUUCGCACCGCAGGUAGACCUCGUGGUCCAGUAUGGACCCGAAGGUGACUACGAGCGGUGCUGCUGGUUUUACGAACGCCUAUGGAAGGUCGCGGGCUCUUCUGCAGAUCAGCGCAUGGUGCAAUCGCCGCCUUCGGGGUUUCGCUACCUCAGUGCUGGCGGAAUGGCGGGGCGUGUGUGGGCGAUUCGUGAGGCGUCCAAGGCCUACGCGAGCCUUUUGGCGAAGAGUGAUAAGUGGUGGUGCGACCAGACCAUCUGGGCGCUGUUGUAUGUGUGGAGCGUAACUCAGGACCCUGUUGUGGAUCCCGCCCUUCGCAUACGCUACGGCCUUCUGAGCCUUGACUACAACAACUCCUUCUUUCUCACGGCACGCUACGGUCGCUUUCGGCCUUCCGCGAUUCUUCAUUUUCCCGGAACUGUUAGAGUGUGGCGUAACCGAUUGCGUAAGCUGCUUCUUUACACGCAAUGGUUUCAUCCGCUGCGGUGCUAUCCCACCUUUGCUCAGGAAACGAGAGCCUUGCUGCAGAACGCCUCUGUGGCAGUGUAUGAUGUGAAUAGGCGAGAAAAUGCGGUGCGCUUCCCUGACGUCUGCUCGCUGAAAGACGUUCUCAACCGCCGGUGGUUGUCGCGCCCGCAGCCAAAGUGA